AUGUCCCGAAACAGCAGUGAGAGGGAAGGCAACGCUUUGCAAAGUCCCAUUGCCUGCGAGUCUUGUCGACAGAGGAAACGACGGUGUGAUAGGAAGUUCCACGAGCCUGGACGAUGCCAAUACCCAGAGCAAAGCAAAAGGGGCAUUCCUAAUGGGUACCUCAACAAGCUUGAAACCCGACUUGCCGAGACUGAAGCUGCUCUCUUCCGCGUGCUCUCGGGGGCAUUUGAUCAUAGCCAAGGUUUCGAGUCUGCAUCUUCACCUGCUCUCCUCCCUCAAGCUGCAUGGACACCAAGACAGAAUAAAGUCGACCGGGUCAAAGAAUGGGAUAGCCUCCCGUUGCAGACGCCGGACGACAUUCAAGCCUGGUACCGAUCCAAGGCUACAGAGCACAAUGACCCUGCCAUCGAUCUCCCUGCCGCAAGUCCUCAAUCGCUCAUAUCAUCAGUAUCGGAUCCCAUGUUUGCGCCGCCUCCUCCUCCACCAAGAGACCCGGGCUCGGUACAUGGAUCAGUGUCAGACCAUCAGGGAAUUUCUGAUGCGGUCAUUGAACCUCAGCUUCGAGCCAUGACGCCAAUGGUCUCUACUCCUGUGAACAGGGCACCGUCUGAUAGUCUUAGCAAGGCCAAAGAGUUAUCCAAGUCGCAGCAGAAUCUCUACUUCUAA